CGCAACUAGUCGCGGAAGUUGUUAAUCUUUGAUGCAAUUUUAUUCCUACGAAAACAUCCGCGUUUCGUUUCCACUUUAUCGCAUUUUACCCGGGGGAACGACGAAGAAUUACUAACAAGCAAUCAUAUCGGUAAACAUUUUUCAGUUGAUGCGAUAAGAUAUCGCGAUUGCGUGGCUCUCGUUGAGAAACUCUUUCUGUCGAUCUGUCUCGCCAGUUUUCAUUCUCGUCCUGUAAGAAUUCGAAAGCAAAUCCUGUAACGUUAGCUAAGCCACGUCGGUGAUAUAUGCAGGCAGAUAAGUACGUAGGUACUACGUACUCUCCGGUGCAAUAUACGCCGUGUCAUGCAGCUAGACUACACUCAGACGCUACUGAGAGCUCCUCUGCAUAAUCGUUAUUGCGACCAUUCGCGAUUCCUGCAACUUGUGCUUUUCUACCUGUUAAUUAUCGAAAUUCUUCACCACCUAUAUCACUCUUAGCUAGCUAUUAUUCUUUUUUCACGAGCGACAAUUAUAUUUCAAGUACAAUUACUACAAGAAUACCGAAAAAAACUCGUUUGUUCAGGUAAAUAGGCAGGUGCAUACAAAAUCUUCCCACGUAAUUAUCCCCAUUUUCACUUCGCCAUUUGUCGUCAUCUUCAGUCGUCAACUCCCUGUCUUUGUACAUAUUUAAUAAGCGUUAAGCACACUUGUAGUUACGUUGAAAAUUGGUAUGAACUGUUUUUAUUAUUGGUGCAACUGGAGAAGAAUAUUGUGCAAAAGGCACCUUCGAGAAGGAAUCUUGAAGAGAAUCGCGUCUGACUAACGGAGUCCUUCUCAUACCGGAACCAUCGAGCAGACACGCUUCCACGGAAUGCAGGACACGUGUUUUGCGGUAUCGCUUCAACGAUGAUGUAGGAAAAUGAGGAAGAAAAUGAACGCACCAGUAUACGCAUCGUCCUGCCCUGCGUUGCAGUCGAAUCUUUCGCUGCACAGUUCCUCCUACUAUAACGAGUACAGCGGAGCCGCCAGGAGGAGGUUGUCGUCGACAGGUGAAGCGGAUACCUCGGCCACGUCCAGCUACGAGGGUAGCGACAGUUCCGAAAACAGCGACGAAUCUCGUCUGGAACCGGUUAGCCAAAUGGAGAGGGAGCAGCUCGAAACAUUUUUCCGGGGCUUAAAAUCUCAGGUGUUUGUCUGCGAAUCUUUGGCAAAUUUAUACCUGGGAAACGCAUCGCAGACUGAAAGAUGGGAACUUCGAUUCACUGGAAUACCCGUGGUGGUAUUGGAUCUCGGAGAAACACGAUCGAGAUCAAAGAGGCGGAUUCAAAUUCUGCUGGCCGAGCGUGGCACUUGUUUCACCUUAUGGAGGGAGACUAUUGAUAAUUUGUCGUCGUACAAGGUAUCAGGACCGGCUUUUCACACGAUGUGUCUUUCUUCCGAUCACACGCGCCUGGCUGGCCUCAGUUUCGAUAAUCCUAAAGCAGCGAACGAUCUUUGGCAACACAUAGAACGACUCGUCUCCUGCCCGGAGAACAUCAGCCUUUCGGUGCCCGGAAAGAAGAAGAAGAAGCCAGUACCGAAGAAGGUGGUUUUACCAGCGAAGAGCAACAUCAGUCAACCGUGUCAAUUUCAACACGUAACCAGCGUCGAUGCUGCUGACCGAUCGCGAUAUUUCUCGCUUCAAACCUUGGUGCCACCUUUGAACGAGCUGGAAAAUUCUUUGGAAGCGAACUUCUGAGAAAAGGAGAAGUCAGACCAACGUCCAGAUUCGUAACUCCUCCUGGACCUUCCUUCAUCUCAACAGCAUUUCUGCUGUGUUUUUAGAUAAAUUCAAUCUAUAGAGCUCGUAAGAUGCAAAUUGCUGUUCAUCAUUGCCGAUCAUACUCUGCUGUUAAGAAGAAUCAUUUCCAACAGCUGUGUGCACGAAUACGGGAGAAACGGAUCGUUCGUGUCAAGUCGAUACUUCUCGUUUCAUUGAGAGAGAAGAACGUUGGGAAUAAAGAACAGGAUAACUUGAUUCGUUAUCUAAAACUUGACACACCAUUAUCCUUUCAAAUCGAUGGCAAUUGUCAAAGGAAAUAACAAUGAAAUUCGAGCUCUAAGGAGAAUGUUUCGUCACUGUACAGUUUAAAGCAGUCGUCGGAAGAGUAGUCGACGUACAGGCCACGUUUGUUUCUCAAUGUCUAAAUGAAAGAAUCAAAGUGUAACUGUAGUAGAGUAGUGCAAAAGGUUGCCGAACUUUUAACAAACAGUACAAGUGCGAGGCGUCUGUUAUCGAUAAGCUAUAGACGUUCCAAAUGAUGGGCUAUUUUUAUCGAAAAAGAAAGAAAAUGAUAAACGGUGUUUCGAAGGUACAAAAGAUUUCAUUCUGAUUGUGAGAUUAUCACAAAAACUCGAUAAUCGAUACAAGGUCCACUUUUGAAUGUUUCAAAUUCAGAAUCUAUCCUUAAAUAUCGUUCUCGUGGACGUUUAGAAUCGUUCCAUAAUCAUUCUCAAUCGGUAUCGUAGUUGAUCUUCAAAGUUUGCUCUAGUUGUUCGAUAGUACGUGUCCAUUUAACAAAUUCACAGCUAAUCCACAGAUAAUUGUUGGAAACUCGUUUUGAAACUCGUUAUCGAUAAGAAAACGAAGCUAUUUGCCUAGCCUUCACUAGAAGUGAUAGAAAGGGUAUUAACCGUUUGCUCUAUAAUUUUCCUAAAUACCGCUCGACAACUAAAUUCACGGGUAUUUUACCUCGAAUAAAUUAUUUUCAAACUAGUACCUACAAUAACUUUAUCCAGAGUGCAAAUGAUUAAUACCCAUCCAGUCGUACAAAUGAGAAUAGAAAAGAUAUCCGAAAUGUUUUUUCCGCUUAACGCGAAUAUGCCGCAAACGUACAAACAUCUAAAGUCCAAAGAAGGAGAUCUAGAAUAAUUGUGGAACCUUUCCGUAGGAAACAUAAUUAAUUCUUUGACACGAAUGUGGCAACGGUUACUCGGUAGAAUUUUUGAACCAACUAUUCCAAUUUUUCUUCCUAUCCAUUGCGAAUGUUAAUCUUGCGAUCUUGCGGUCGUAUGUCGGGAAUAGCUUAUCGUUGUUCGUUCCUAAAUUUUGUGCAACCGGAAAACGACCUCGUGGAAAGGGGUCGAUCCACUUGAUCCAUGUGUCUUGAUCGCGAUCCGCCCACUAUGUAAUCAGCAUCGCUCGACACAUCGGACAAAGCAUUAUUGUAAUUGUCUUUAACAAAUUAUUGUUCGAUAGCCCUGUAUACAUAAGGUUUCGCGAACGACAAACACGGCAAGACUGGUUUUACCAUCCUACGCUUUAAAAGAGCGAUUUUAAUGUAAAUUGUCCUAACGAUAAUAGCCUUUGAACUAAUUGGUUUGCUUGUUAUUCGAUGUUGGUCGUUUCUCGAUACGCCAUUUUCCGAUAUCGCGUGCGUUUAUAUUUUUACCUCCCCAUGUUGAACCUGUUGGAUUUAACAAGCGUAAAAUCAAUGUUUAAAAAAAAAAGAUUAGAAUAGUAAGAAAAUAAAAGAAGUUGAAAUAUUAUUCUAUUUCUACGACGUUAUCGAGUCGUGGCGAUAGACGAGACGAAUCGAACGUUGCUAAUGUAUCGCAUAAAAAAUGAAGAAAAAUCACAUUUUUCGCGUUUGGAGAUAAAAUUAGUGCCGAUACGUUUGCUCGAGAUCGGCCGUGCUUUCUGGUGAUUUCCAAUAAAAUUAAGUGUACGCGAAAUAACCUUGAUAUCAAUUAACGUUCAUUUCUUUGUCUACGACUGUGAUAUAAAUAUAUUUGUAUAGUUACGUUUCGUACCAUAUAUCCGUAUCGAUUAAUCAUUUUGAUAUAUCAGUUUACGAUCAUCGUUACGCAUGUAAUAACGCACUAAUAAACGGUAACAAUACGGAUCAUA